AUGACUCUGGCACCAUAUAAAGGGAUCGGAGAUCCUAAAGUCCACAUGACAAAAUUUGAAUCUAUGAUGUUCUUGAACAGUGACUCCGAUCCCAUUUUGUGCCGAUCCUUUCCAACUUUCUUAGAUGGUGCCGCGUUAUUAUGGUUUUCUAACUUGCCUGCAGGGUCUAUAACUAGUUUUGACGACUUCUCCAAGCUGUUUAUUAAUCAGUUUGCAGCCUCAAAGAUCUACGUAGGGGACUCGGACUACCUCAGCACAAUACGACAAGGGCAACAUGAAAGCCUAAAAGACUACAUGACGCGUUUCACAACAGCCGCCAUGGAAAUCCCCGACCUCAACCCCGAAGUACAACUCCAUGCCCUGAAGAGCGGCCUCCGACUGGGGAAAUUCCAGGAGGCCAUAGCAGUCGCAAAACCAAAAACAUUGGAAGAGUUCCGAGACAAGGCGACGGGUCAAAUUGAAAUGGAGGAGCUGCGUGAAACUCGAAGAAACGAAAAACAACCAUCCCGAAAAGAAGACGACAAAUUUCAAACAAGGGAACCCAAAAGGCCUUUCAAGUUAACUUCAAAGUUUGACUCAUAUACUAGAUUUAACACGAGAAUGGAAGACAUCCUUAAAGAAAUACUGCACAACAAGCUCAUCAAACCGCCGAGCAGAGCCGGUUCAUAUCACUACCAGAAGUUCGUCGACAAAUCGAAACACUGCGCUUUCCACCAGAAGUUCGGGCACACCACUGAUGAGUGCGUAAUCGCCAAAGAUCUCCUCGAAAGAUUAGCAAGACAGGGGCACCUGGACAAAUAUAUAAGCAAAACCCGACCAAACUCAGAAGACCACCAUGAUAGAUGCCCAGAACGGAGGCCGAACACACCAGACAAACCCAGAACACAACCUCCACCACCAAGAGGAGUUAUAAAUUGCAUCUCAGGAGGAUUCGCAAGCGGCGGACAAACCAGCUCGGCACGAAAACGUCGGUUCCGGGAGAUGUUAACAAUGCAACAAACCAACGAGUUAACAGCCCACAAACCUCGGAUGCCGAACAUAACUUUCAAACAAUCCGACUAUCAAACAAGAUCAAAUAACCUGGACGACCCAGUAGUAAUCUCAGUCCAAGCGGGAGAUCUUCUUGUAAAGAAAGCCCUACUCGACCCCGACAGCAGCGCGGACGUGUUGUUCUAUUCCACCUUCAAAAAAAUGAAACUCAGCGACCAAGCCUUGCUACUAUCCUCCAGAGAGCUAGUUGGAUUCUCGGGAGAACGCGUAUCCAUACUCGACAGCGUAUGGUUACAGAUAACAAUCGGGGACCACCCCCUGAGUAAAACAAAGGACAUACAAUUCUUAGUUGUUAACUGCAGCAGUCCCUACAACAUCAUACUAUGCAGACCUUUUCUAAAUUCUUUUGGAGCUAUUGUCUCAACUAUCCAUCUUUGUGUUAAAUUUCAGGCACAGGGGAACCAAAUAGCCACUGUACACUCCGAUCAUAUUGAAGCUCGGAAAUGCUACAACGACAGCUUGAGGAUGAAAUCAGAAGGCAACCAAAACGGAAACAUUAACAAAGGCACAUAUGACGUCGCCAACAUCGUCGGCAUCACCGACCUCGAUCCCAGAAAAGAUCUCCAAGACAGGCCCGCACCAACGGACGACCUCAAAAAGGUACAAUUGAAUAACAAUGACAACCAUUUUACUUAUAUCAGUUGUUCACUUCUUUCAGGAACCAAAUAA